UUCACCGAUAAAUGGAAAGCCACCUCGCUAGCAUUGAAUUUCUAACAACAAACGUAGGAUUUUUUUCACUCCUUUCACUUUCCUUUCAUCCAAUCAAAGAAACUCAAGUAAGAGAAAGAAAGACAAUGGCCGGAAUCGGACCUUUAACUCAAGACUGGGAACCGGUGGUUAUUCGAAAGAAACCCCCAAGCGCCGCCGCCAAGAAGGAUGAGAAAGUGGUCAACGCCGCCCGCCGUGCUGGCGCCGAGAUCGAAUCUAUCAAAAAAUCCAAUGCUGGGACGAACAAGGCUGCCUCAAGUAGUACUUCUUUGAACACAAGGAAGCUUGAUGAAGAAACUGAUAAUCUCGCUCAUGAUCGAGUGCCACCUGAACUGAAGAAAGCCAUCAUGCAGGCUCGAAUGGAAAAGAAACUUACCCAGGCUCAACUUGCACAGAUGAUCAAUGAGAAGCCUCAGAUUAUACAAGAGUAUGAAUCUGGAAAAGCCAUUCCUAAUCAACAGAUAAUAAGUAAACUGGAGAGGGCUCUUGGGACAAAGCUGCGACGGAACAAGUGAGGUAGGUCUUGUAGAAACAUCAAACAGAACUCAGAAUAUCGUCCAGUGUCUGAGUCCUAAAACUUGGUUGUGUAAAUGAAUGUUUUCUACCAUUGUUAUGGUUCAGUUGUAAGAACAGUAUCUGUCUUUGACUUUGUGUGAUGACUAUGACUAUGAAUAUGACUAUGAAAUGAAGUGUGUGUGUGUGUGUGUGCAUGCACGUGCUCUUGACUUAACAUUGGAAUUUUUGUGAUUUUUGUGUUUUUGCUUUUGUCAAUUUCAAAUCAUUUCCUCAGACACUCCUGUGAUAUACUGAUGAAGGUGUCAGGUUUUAGGAACACCAAUAAAUAUGUUUGAUAUUUUCGCUUGUUACAGUUGGAAUAACAUAAU